AUGGCUCUUUGGUUGCAUCCAGAAAUUGACGCAUGGUCCACGCCAGAUGUCGAUGCGGAGCCACCAAGUAUUACCCACAAACCUAGCGGAGCUGAGAAUCAGAGCGCGUACCCAGUCACGGUCAGAACCGUGCAGGUAGGAACAGAGACAUCGUCGUAUCCAGUCGCAAAGCCUACCAGCAACGGAGCGAUAGAAAUCGAUGGGCCAGAACCAAAAGAGGAAGCUCAAUGUUAUCCACGAGGAGCCAGCAACGAAGGAGGUCAUGGAGGCCAAAUAUGUGAUCAGCUGCGAUGGCGCACAAAGCUGGACAAGAUCGCAGGAUGUGGAUUGAGGACACAAGGUUCCGAAACUGAUAUCAAGAGUCAGCAGCAUCUUGCACCAAAUACACCGCUCGGCCAGCACUUCCUGAGUUUUGUGGUCAUCAACCACUGCGAUGCACGAUCUUGGCACUUUGGCGAACUGCUCAAAGCCGGCGGCCUCUUCGCCGUCGUGCUAUUCGCUGGUGGUGUCUCCAGGACCGAUCAAAUUCAAAGGGUACAUAAAUUCGCCGGAGCACUGGCUAAUGUGGUCAUUCCAUUGGUACAACAUCACAUCAGCGGUGGCGGCCAGAAGGCAAUAUACGACGUCGCUGACAUCCUGACUAUUCGUUCAGCGCCGGGGGGGCAGGUUGAAUACUCCCGGAACUGUUACGUCCCUUCGAUGAGGAGCUUGGUAGUCACAUAUUGCGUAUAUCGGCGCUCCAAGGUGUCCUUCAUUUUCCUGUGA